GAAGACACUGAGAAUAUACACGACAGAAGGGGAGCUUUGACGAGCAGAAGUGCACACAUAAAUCAUACUCUUGCUGGAAGAGUGGAACAUGGCUAUGGUACAUGUAAUUCUGGUAGAUCUUCCACCUCACAAAGGGAUCAUCAACUUAAGACAUGUCCCAAUCCAUCAACAAUGUCACUGACGGAUGAAAGUUCAAUGACCUAUGAUGGGCAGUUAGGGGAGUUUUCUUUAGAUAUGGCUCGAAGAAGUUCGAGACAGUACCCUGCUUGGUCUAAAUCUGAGCACAGAAAUACAUCAUUAGAUGAUCCUCCUAUUCAAAAACUCUCAGAUUUCAUGCCUACUGACUCCCAAUUUGUACCAAAUUACAUGACAAAUACAAAAUCAUCAGAAGCAAAAGCUAGGUCGCAUAGCGAACCGAAACAACGUCCCAAAUGGGGAAAGAAACAAAAAAGCAGCAGGCGAGGAUCUUCAAUGGAUGGGAAGAAUGACAAAGAGAGCUUAUACCCUUGGUUAAUCAAGCUUUAUGGUUCUGACAAACUUAGAAAUGAUAGGGAUUGUGAUUCCAUAAGUACAAUGACCAGUAAUUCUAACCACAGACGGUCACUAAUCACAUUUGAACCUCCUCUGAAUUUGUACUAAUUCUUCAUGACCAAGAAUGGACUUCAAGUCACGGGUGAUCAAGAUGAUGAAGAUGGAGAUUGAAUAAUACUGCUAAAUACUUAAAACAGGAGAGUUAUACCCUCUGGGGCUACCAUCAGAGGACCAUUAGCCCAUCAGGAGAUUUUGUAAUUCCUAUUUUCUUGAAGGAGUACCUCUACAUAGGUGUUAUUCACAGUUUCAUAUUGCUAUUGUAAAUAGUAAUACCUAUCUCUUACAUAGACCAUAUUUUAACAGCAUUAACUUUUUUGAA